UUUUAGGACUUUUAAGAUAAUAACAAAUAUUGCUUUGUUCAAAAAUAAUAAUUGCGCUGUAAAUACUGUAUCAAAGCGGUCCUAUAAGCGUUAUGUGAAUCCAACAUCAGCUGUUUUAUGUUUUGACUCCACGCAUCAAAGAAAUAGGCAAAUCAUAUUUUCUACGCAUUCAUAGUGGUGCUUCGUAAAUAUGACAAAUAUGAGUGCUGCUGCUGCGGGCCCCAACGCUACAUACAAUUUCAAAGUUGUCCUGUUGGGCGAGGGGUGUGUCGGAAAAACUUCUUUGUUACUGCGUUAUAUUGAAGAUAAAUUCAACGACAAGCAUCUGACCACAUUACAGGCAACAUUCCUAAACAAGAAAAUAAACAUAAAUGGCAAGCGUAUCAAUCUGGCAAUAUGGGAUACAGCUGGCCAGGAAAAGUUUCAUGCUCUUGGGCCCAUAUACUACAGAAACUCGAAUGGGGCUAUUCUGGUGUAUGACAUCACUGAUGAAGAUUCCUUUGGAAAGGUAAAAAAUUGGGUAAAAGAGCUAAGAAAAAUGUUGGGAUCAGAAAUAGUGCUUAUUAUUGCUGGAAAUAAGAUUGACUUGGAACAUGAACGGACAGUACCACUUGAAGAAGCAGAGAGUUAUGCUAACAUGGUUGGAGCAAAACACUUCUAUACAUCGGCUAAACUAAAUCAAGGAGUGGAAGAGCUAUUCUUAGAGUUGACCCAAGAAAUGGUUGAACGGUUUGAACAAAACUCUCAAACUGAUUUAAAUAGAACACAGAGAGUACUAGUUGUCGACGAUGAGGCUCCUGUACAGUCCUCAUGCUGUACAGGCUCGAAGACCAACUAAAAUGUAUGGAUAAAUGCAUUGCAUUGUGAUGGCUGUACAGUAAAUGUAGUUAGAUAUAUUGCUUAAACUGACCUUGUAGAAAGUUACAACUGAUUAGUUUACUUCAAAUUUUGAAAUAAAAUCCUUUUCUUGUCUUAAAUAAGUUUGUGAGUUUUAUAAGUUACAUAAAGCUGUGUGGUCAACUUGAGAUACUUAAAUUAUAUUAUAUACCAAUAUACAUACUUAAUGAAAUAAUGAUAAAUAAUAACCAGCAAAGUUAUUUCUGAAUUAGAUUACAACUAUUAUUAAAAGUGGUUAAGUAAAAUGUUAAUAUUAUGCUAUUAGCGAAGUUCUUCAUAUAACACCAAUUGCCUAUGUAAAUAACGUACUUGUCAUAUGCUUAAAAUGUAUUCAUAUGUGUUAGCGCUUUGAUAUCAUUUUCUAUGAUGUUCAGCCAAAGAUAUAAAGGUUACGCUCAAGGAUGCAAAAAUGAAAUCUUGUCUACUUAUAGGUUGCCUUAUAUGAGCUUUACCUAAGUUUUAUGCAGGGUAGUGGUAAUUUUUAUGCUCAUUUAAAAAAUAAUUUGGAUAUUUGUAUUGAUGAACAUGUAAAUACAUAAUAUUUUAUAUUAUAUAAUAUCCAAAUCAUGACAACUGGAGUGUUCUCCAGGGUAUGAGAAACGCGAAUAUCUGUUGUUAUAUCGACAGCAUAACAUGUAAGGUAAAGGCAUAUUUCAAUGAGUUACUUGAAGACGUGCACAGGUGGUUUGUUUGAUAAAGUAGUUUCUUACACAUGACCAGUCUAAUAAGCAAGCGAUCAUAGCCUAGACACUUGCCUCCUAUAUACAGGGAAGGGUUUACUCCCAUCGGGAAGUCUGCUACUUAGGAAUCUUCGAAUCCAAUGAAUUUAGGUUUGUUGGUUAUCUCUCGCUUGAACGAUGAAAGGAUACACCAUGAUACAUCGUGAAGAAAUCUGCAUCUUCAAAUAUAGACAAUGCUUGAUUAUAAUGACAAAAUAUCAUAUUGAAGUUCUUCCGCAAUAUUGAUGUUAAUUGGUUUCAAAGUUGUUUGGUUAUGUGCUGAUGAACACAUGACCAAACAACUUAAUUCAUCAAUCAACUUAUUUCAAAUAUAAUGUUAUGGGACAUGCUACAAAUUCAAAUGUAUGUUAUAUUUUAUAUAAUAAAUAAAUGGAUAGGCUCAACAUGUGACUACUUAUUAUAAAUAAUCCAAUAAACAAUUUUAGUCUUGUGUAUGUAAGGUUUCUUAAUACAUAUGUGACUGACAUACUAAUUAGUCACCUGCACUCUUAUUUAGUUAGGCAGAGUGCUAAAAAAUAGAAUAUAAUAUUAGACAUAAAUUCAGCUAUUGUUUAUAAUUGUAAUCAAUUGUUUUCAUGUAAGUUGGCCUUGUGCAUAUUCAAGAUUUGUAGCUUCACUCAUUAUUAUUAUUUUUUAUUGACCAUUGGCUAUAGAACCGUCAGCUAAAAAGGUAACAAAUUAUUAGAUACUCCUAAAAAUAAAUUCAUGUCAAAAAUGUAACUCUUGAAAAUGUACUGUAGUUUCAGUCAGUUUAUUUGUUUCCGGUAACAAACUUUUGAAUAGGUGUCACGGUAUGACAUCUAGGGACAACUUCGAACGGAAUUGCAGAUCUGGGGGUCUACUCUCGAUCUCCGUCUGACGUCCCUUCGAAACAAGUAGUGCCAAAUAAGCAAUACUUGACCAAAUGAAAAGACGCGUGAUGCGAAUGAAACUU